AUGCGCGCGCCACGCCACCGAAACUCGACGCGAGACCGCGAGAAAGCGGAGCUCUCAACGCUGAGGGGACUCGCCGCUGAGCUGGAGAGCAGCCACAAAAAGGCUCGAGGACAGCGUGGCAGUGCUUUUCCGAACGCCAAGCCCGUGCCCGACAAGCAGCAGAACGCACUAAUCGGUUUCUCAACGACCGAGUACAAAGCAAUGCCGACUGGAUCCAGCGUUUGUGGGAGCUACUACACGAGAAACGACGGGCUGGCGAGGCCUCCAGCCUGA